GCGAGCAAGGGGCGGCACGGCACGGCGGGCACGCUCACGUAGUGGGUCGGGCGGGCGUCCGUGGCGUCCCGCGCCUCGGUGCAGGCCCCGCCCCGCGCCUCAGGACCGGCGGGGCCGGGCGCAUCCCGCGGCGGUGGCGGAGGCGGGCGCAAGAUGAUGAAGUUUCGGUUCCGGCGGCAGGGCGCCGACCCGCAGCGCGAGAAGCUCAAGCAGGAGCUCUUCGCCUUCCACAAGACUGUGGAGCAUGGCUUCCCCAAUCAACCCAGCGCCUUGGCCUUCGAUCCCGAGCUUCGCAUCAUGGCUAUCGGCACCAGGUCUGGGGCUGUCAAGAUCUAUGGUGCACCUGGAGUGGAAUUUACAGGCUUACAUCGGGAUGCAGCCACCGUCACCCAGAUGCAUUUCCUGCCUGGUCAGGGCCGCCUCCUGACCCUGCUAGAUGACAGCAGCUUGCAUCUGUGGGAGAUCAUCCAUCAUAACGGCUGUGCCCACCUGGAGGAAGGGCUCAGCUUCCACCCACCCAGCAGGCCCAGUUUUGACAAUGCCAGUUUCCCUACCAGUCUAACCCGCGUCACUGUGGUCCUGCUGGCUGCUGGCAACACAGUGGCCCUGGGAACCGAGAGUGGUAACAUAUUCUUCCUGGAUGUAGCCACCCUGGCACUGCUGGAAGGGCAGACUCUCAGCCCAGAUGAAGUUCUGCGCAGUGUGCCAGAUGACUAUCGGUGUGGAAAGGCCUUGGGCCCUGUGGAGUCACUCCAGGGACAUCUGCAAGACCCCAGCAAGAUCCUCAUAGGCUAUAGUCGGGGCUUACUGGUCAUCUGGAGCCAGGCCACACAGUCUGUGGAACACGUUUUCCUGGGUAACCAGCAGCUGGAGAGCCUGUGUUGGGGCCGUGGGGGCAGCAGCAUUAUCAGCUCACACAGUGAUGGCAGCUAUGCCAUCUGGUCCACAGACACUGGCAGCCCCCCAACGCUGCAGCCCACUAUAGUGACCACACCCUAUGGCCCCUUCCCCUGCAAGGCCAUCAACAAGAUUCUGUGGCGGAGCUGUGAGUCGGGAGACCACUUUAUCAUCUUCAGUGGUGGCAUGCCUCGAGCCAGCUAUGGUGACCGCCAUUGUGUGAGUGUACUGCGAGCAGAGACACUGGUGACUCUAGACUUCACCUCCCGUGUCAUUGACUUCUUCACAGUGCACAGCACACAGCCAGAGAAUGAAUUUGACAACCCCCAGGCCCUAGCUGUGCUUCUGGAGGAGGAGCUGGUGGUGCUGGACCUGCAGACACCAGGCUGGCCAGCUGUGCCUGCUCCUUACCUGGCCCCACUGCAUUCGUCAGCUAUCACCUGCUCUGCCCAUGUUGCCAACGUCCCCAGCAAGCUGUGGGCCCGCAUUGUAAGUGCUGGUGAGCGGCAGAGCCCACAGCCUGCCUCCAGUGCCUUGAGUUGGCCCAUUACCGGGGGCCGGAACUUGGCCCAGGAACCCUCGCAGCGUGGGCUGUUGCUGACUGGCCAUGAGGAUGGCACUGUGCGGUUCUGGGACGCCUCUGGUGUGGCGCUGAGGCCACUUUACAAACUGAGCACAGCUGGCCUCUUCCAGACGGACUGUGAACAUGCUGACAGCCUGGCUCAGGCUGUGGAGGAUGACUGGCCACCCUUCCGCAAGGUGGGCUGCUUUGAUCCCUACAGUGAUGAUCCCCGGCUGGGAAUCCAGAAGGUUUCGCUUUGCAAGUACACAGCCCAGAUGGUGGUGGCUGGCACUGCAGGCCAGGUUCUGGUGCUGGAGCUCAGUGACGUCCCAGCAGAGCAUGCCGUCAGUGUGGCCAACGUGGAUCUUCUUCAGGAUCGAGAGGGCUUCACGUGGAAGGGCCAUGAGCGGCUGAGCCCACACACAGGCCUGUUGCCUUGGCCUGCUGGAUUCCAGCCCCGCAUGCUGAUACAGUGCCUGCCACCCGCUGCUGUCACUGCUGUCACACUCCAUGCUGAGUGGAGCCUUGUGGCCUUUGGUACCAGUCAUGGCUUUGGCCUUUUUGACUACCAGCGCAAGAGCCCUGUGCUAGCCAGGUGUACCCUUCACCCCAAUGACUCUUUGGCCAUGGAGGGGCCGCUGUCACGUGUGAAGUCCCUCAAGAAGUCACUGCGACAGUCAUUCCGGCGAAUCCGCAAGAGCCGCGUUUCAGGCAAAAAACGGGCUCCUACUGCCAGUAGCAAGUUGCAGGAGGCCAAUGCACAGCUGGCAGAGCAGUCCUGCCCACACGACUUGGAGAUGACGCCUGUGCAGCGCCGCAUCGAGCCUCGGUCUGCUGAUGACUCCCUUUCUGGUGUUGUACGCUGCCUCUACUUUGCUGACACAUUCCUUAGAGAUGCGACCCACCAUGGGCCCACCAUGUGGGCAGGUACCAACUCGGGCUCUGUAUUUGCCUAUGCGCUGGAGGUUCCAGCAGCCACAGCAGGUGGUGAAAAGCGGCCUGAGCAGGCAGUGGAGGCUGUGCUGGGCAAGGAGGUACAGCUAAUGCACCGAGCACCUGUGGUGGCCAUUGCUGUGUUGGAUGGUCGUGGCCGUCCACUGCCUGAGCCCUAUGAGGCUUCCCGGGACCUGGCACAGGCGCCUGACAUGCAGGGUGGGCAUGCUGUGCUCAUUGCAUCUGAAGAACAAUUCAAGGUGUUCACACUACCCAAGGUGAGUGCCAAGACUAAAUUCAAGCUGACAGCCCACGAAGGCUGUCGUGUGCGGAAGGUAGCCCUGGCUACAUUUGCCAGUGUGAUAUCUGAAGACUAUGCUGAGACCUGCCUUGCCUGCCUCACCAACCUGGGUGAUGUCCACGUCUUCUCAGUGCCCGGCCUGAGGCCUCAGGUGCACUACUCCUGUAUUCGGAAGGAGGACAUCAGUGGCAUCGCUUCCUGUGUCUUCACACGCCAUGGUCAGGGCUUUUACUUGAUUUCUCCAUCGGAAUUCGAGCGCUUCUCACUGAGUGCUCGAAAUAUCACAGAACCACUCUGUUCUCUGGAUAUAAGCUGGCCCCGAAAUGCCACCCAGCCCAGUCACAAGCUUCAAGAAUCACCCAAGCUGAGCCAGGCUAAUGGGACCAGAGACAUCAUUCUGGCCCCAGAGAGCUGUGAAGGAAGCCCUUGCUCUGCCCACAGCAAGAAAGCUGAUACCACAGAACCACCAGAGGCCACACUCUCGCCUGUGUCCAUUGACUCAGCUGCUAGUGGGGAUACAAUGCUGGACACAACAGGGGAUGUCACCGUGGAAUAUGUGAAGGAUUUCCUGGGCUCUCCUGAGGACUCUGAGAAGAACCUGCGGAAUCUGGGAGCAGAUGAUGCUUGUCGGGGCUACACCCUUCUGAUUAAAUGAGGUGCUGUGGGGCAGCCUGGCCUUACCACACAGCAGCUGCCAUCCCUCACUCCAGCUGGAGCCUUGGCAAGCUUCUAUAAUGGUGGUGUUCUUGGAAGCCUAGUUGCCUUCCUCUGGCUGCCAGGCAUAGGGGACCUGCAGUCAUGAUUAGCAGUUCAGUGCUAGAGAGGCCCUGGCCUGUCAGCAUUGAAAUCCUGUGCAUGUAGAAGGACACUUCAGACCCUGUGGGUGUAGAUGCUCUCAUCCUGUUCACAGAGCCUAUUUCACAGGAGAGUCACUGAGGCCGAUAGGUCCUGCCUAUUGAGCCAGCACAUGGACCUUAUGUGUCCCUACCUUAUCUUGCUAUGGACCCAGCCUAGUUGGAGACUGGAGCUCUCUGGACCUUAGUAUAGUAGCUAGUGCCUCUGCAGCCUACAUUGGGCAUAGAUAACUAACCAUACCUUCUUCUACUUGGUACCCUCCUAGAUCCCCAGCAAGCCCAUCUCAGGCUGUCACUGAAAGGGCCUGCUUACCCUGCAGGCAGGAACGACUUGGGUUUGCUACCCUUAGUCAUCACCACCAUCUGUCUGUCUUGCCUAGCCCCUUCACAC